ACACCGUCGUCAGCAGUGGUGAGGAAGACAUUCAGCAUGCGAUGACGAACCAUGCGAGCUCGAUCAGGACGCCUUUGCCUGUCCACCAACCCGCUACCGAUGUUGGCCCGAGCAACAUCAGGCAGAUCAAGUUUGAGAGAAGGGCGUAUCCUGGGAAGUGGACGAGGUUCGUUCGCCAGGUGCUGUCCAAAAUCACAUCGGCCUCGACCGGUUCGCCUUCGGAUGGUCUCAAUAACGAUGGUUCAGAGUCUUCAGCUUCUGCAUCGACGUCACUUGGCGGUCUUAUCUCCGCAGGCCAAAGACACACUGCAGCAGAGAAAGAUGGAGGCGAUUGGGUUCUUGACGAGGUCGUCGUGGACGGAGAAGGCGGGGACCGACCGGGCACGCAUGUACAUGGCAGUGAGAAGGACACAGGGACGAAGCAGAGCGAGAGUGGGCAGGGGAGUGUGAGGGGGGUGCAUGGCGGAUAUGAAGGAGGGAGUAGAAGUGGAGGUAGUACGGACGCAUGGGAUACCGGCAGGGAUACAGGCGGACUAUGGGGACUACUGAGGUGGAGGUUGUGGCCGGUCAUGGCCGAGUUCUUCGAUCCGAGAUUUGAGGAUCCUGCGUUCGAGGAAGACUACCAGAAACAGAUGUGGUAUUCCACGAAGGCUUUCGCUUUCUAUGGCUCGCUGUAUCUAGUACUCAACUGGGUCCUCUACCUCAUUCUCAACCACAGCGUCAAUCUCUACGAAAAGGCUGUAUACUACGGCGGUCUCACCCUCGUCACCCUACCCAUCCCUUUCAUGGUCGCCUUCGACAUGCCUCGCUACCGACCCGUGCUCUUCCACACCUGCUUCUGCCUUGCGACAUGGUACUGCGGACUGUCGGAGGUCAUACAGAUCAAGGAAUGUGACUUCUUCAACAAGACGGACAACACGUGUUUUGGGAAGGAUUUCUUAGCCAUGAGUUAUUAUUCGACGGGGCUGCCUGCUAUGAUGAUGUUCAUCGUGUCACGAAGGCUGUAUAAUGCCGUCGUCCAAGCCGUCUUUUUCGUAUUACUCAUGACGCUCAUCAUCCCGGACCAAUCGAUCUAUGCACGGAAUGUUGUUAGCUUCUGCAUCUUCUCGGUCUUCAUCCAGGCACUGCAUUACAGUCGCGAAGCGAACUCCCGUCGAAUGUACAUCCUCAACUCGCAGCUGAAAAUCGCCUAUCGCGCACAGCAGAAAGCACAGAUCGCGGAGUCCAAGGCGAGUCAUGCGAAGAAACGGUUCGCGAGCUAUAUUUUUCAUGAGGUUCGGGUGCCGUUGAAUACUGCUAUGCUCGCGUACCAGAAUAUGCAGACGAACGAUGCUUUCAAGCCUGAGACACUCGAGGAGCAGAGUAUCGAGGUUUAUGCGUUGGAGGCCUCCUUGACGAUGAUGCAACAAGUGCUCAAUGAUGCCUUGGACCUACAGAAAAUGGAUGCCGGAAGAUUCGAAUCCCAUCCCCGUCCAUUUCCUCUCCAUCGGUCAUUGCACAACGCACUCCGUCCCAUCGGCGUCGAUACCUCUGCCAAACGACUAGAACUCAUCAUCGACCUGGACGAACGGAUAGACGCGAUUGGCUUCAUAGCUCCACCCGGUUCCAAUAUAAACGCUGGCCCUAUCACGUUCAACACGGCCGCCGUCAACGCAGCCAACAGCUCCAGCAUCAGGAAUUCGAUGAAUUAUCAUUCGCCAGAACCACCACCGCGUCGUUCAUAUACGCCAAACUCAGGUCAGGGCCACACUCAGUCGGCGUCGGGUGGCGGUGGCGCAGGUGCGAGUGGGAGCGGCGACGGAGUAUGGGUCAUAGGCGACGAAAUCCGUCUUCGGCAGGUCCUUACGAACUUAGCCUCGAACGCGGUGAAGUUCACACCGGAGGGUGGUGGGCCUGUCAAAAUCGUGACGAGGCUUGUGAGUGCGCCGUCCUGGAUGUCGACGAAUGCGGGCUCUGGGACGGGCAGUGGGGCUGGAUCAUCGCCUGGGAGCGGGACAGGGUCUGGGAAUGGGACUGCAGUACUUUCGGGUCAUGGUGGCUUAGAGGGAAAUACGAACCCUUUAAGUCGAAACCCAAGUACGAAGACCGCUCCCGGGAUCAGAGGCCACAAGCAUUCCCCGAGACGAUCCGACGAGAGAAUAGGAUUGGCGGCGAUGGGGAUUGGGCUGGGUGGGAGUACGGAUGGAGGGAUCGUGGGGAAAAGGGAGAGGGAUAUGGUGACCAUUAGAUUAGAGGUACAUGAUAGCGGCCCAGGAAUUCGUCCAUCCGAUCUGGUCGACGGGAGGCUGUUCCAGCCAUUCGUCCAGACGAAUGUGGGAAAGCUGAGCGGGAAAGGGAGUGGACUUGGCCUGGCGAUUGUCCGUCAGAUCGUCAGCUUGAGUGGAGGAAGGCUCGGCGUGCAAUCCCGCAAGGGACAAGGCGCGAUGUUCUGGGUCGAGAUGUCCUAUCCGCUCGCUACAACUCAUGAGGUGCAGACUUCACGAAGUACUCUCGCGCCGUUUGCACCUAUGUCGACGCUCUCUCCACCCUCUGCUUUCGCCAGUCCGAAUCCUACACGGUCUCCUCGGCCUAUCCUCGCCACAAUACCGUCCUCCGAAGCUCACCCAGCACAGGAUCCCUCAGACUCCCCCACGAAGUCCCAUGCUCUCAGUACCCAUUCCACAGAGAGUCCCUUGACGAAGGAUGACGACACGGUAAACAGUCCGAACUUGCCCAACGUUGAUCUUUCGGCCAGAAGUCCAACGCAUCCGAGGUCGGGAUCACCUCCAAACAUGUCGAUGGUUCUGCCACCGUUGCCCAGGUAUCAGUCGCAAGAUGGACAUGAUGAUGCGACCGAGUCGGAACAUGGUAGCAGGCCACAGGAUUCUCCGGUGAACGUUGUUUCUCCUCCUGGCUUGACACCAACGCUGCCAGGCAUGGACGAUAAUGAGGACAAGGCAUCUGACGACCCGAUAUUGGAGCGACCUGUACGCCCUGGCCCGAUUGUUACACCUGGACCCGAGGGUAUGGGGAAAGCUUGGAGUGCUCCCGCGGCGAGUCUGUCACCUACACCUGUUUCUCAAACGGCACCAGCGAGUAGUUCAGGUGAAGAGGGUAAUCCGUUGGUUGUGUUGGUGGUGGAUGAUGAUCCCAUGACGAGGACACUUAUGACGAGGAUGUUGACCAAGUUAGGUUGCGUCGUCGAUACCGCCGAUGACGGCCAACAGUUCCUCGACAUCAUUCUGGCUGAGGGUGCCCGAAAAUACGACCUCGUCAGUCUUGAUAACUACAUGCCAGUCAUGACCGGUGAAGAUGCCGUUAGGGAGUUGAGGGCGAGGGGGAGAAUGGAUCUGGUCGUCGGCUGUACCGGGAAUGCGCUGACAGAGGAUCAGCUAAACUAUAUGGAGGCGGGCGCGGAUAAGGUGUUGACGAAGCCUAUCAUGAUGAAAGACCUUAAGGAUGUACUUCAGGUCGCCAAGAAAAGAAGAGACGAAGUUCCUCCGCGACGUCUCGGAGAAUCCGAGCAUCGAUAUCCACCAUCCUCGUCUCCAUCAAUACUACGCUAACAAUAAUCCACAGAAGGUCUUUUUUCUUGCCAUUUUUUUCAGUUUCUUGGAAUCUCCUACGUAUACAUUUUCACGUCGGGCUGGCGUUUUUGAACUUAACUUUAUUUUUCUGUCUCCUUUCCGUGUCAGGGCAUUGAUUUUUCUCUCGGUUCCAUCGGCGAUUCUUUUGGGUCUCGGUCUGGUUCUGUCUUUUUUCUGGUAUACACGUCGUCUCCUUGUUUUUUUCCUCCAUGAACUACGAUGUCCUCUCAUGUUGUUCCAAGAAUGUAUACACGAACAUUUAUGUGCACGUUUUAGGUAUCAUACAUACCCUGCUAUCUAUCAUAUUCAUCGACCAGCAACAUCACCCUCAUCCCUUUCCCAUGUCCCUAUCCCCCCUUCCC